UUCCACUAGUUUUCCCUGCUGCCAGUUUGUUGCUGCUUGAUAUCUGCAACUUCACUGUAACUCUUUCUUACAGCUGACAUGCCCUUUGUGCCCUGCCUGUCAUUGCUAUUGGCCUCUACUGAACGGCCGGAGCAUUCCCCUGUCUCCCUAAUGCUUCAGCUUUGUGAUUAGAUGGCAGUGUGUAUUGAUAAGGAAUUUUUUUCAAGAAGAGAGCUUGUUUGGGCACAUAUAACUGGUGGAGUGUGUCUUCCACUCUUUUUUAGCUUGGGUGUAGCAAAAGUCAUUUUCUCAUGCUUGGAAAUAUCCUCUUUUUUACCUAAACUGAAUUCUUAAUUAGUUUUGGUUUGGGUUGGAUUUGUUUUGUUGGUGUUUUUUUGCUGUUUUGUUUGUUUGCUUGGGGGGGGGGGUUGGUUCUGGGAUUUUUUUUGUUUUGUUUUGUUUUUUGGAAGUUUUGUAAGUGCAUACAUUUCCUGAAAAUACUUCAAAUUGAGAGGUUAGACUGCAUCCAUCUUUGGCAGCUUAUAGUAUCAUAUUUCUAGAUCCUUAACGAAAAAUAAUCUUCAUAAAUCUCUGUGUCUGUAUUGAUCCUGUUUCCUAUUUGCUGGUAUAUUAAAACCUUGUAGCAUCAUUUACAUAUGCAUAUCUAUAGGAAUGCUGAUCAAUUCUAUUGCUGUGGUCUUGCACAGUGUGCCCUAGGAUACCACAGAGUUUGCAGCAGUGGCACUCAGGAGCUGUAUGAUGCCUAACACUUUAUAAGAAUUAAGUGACUGUGUUUCAAGGCUGCAUGAAGCUGACUUGGGAGUCCCCAUUUCAUAGACCGAGAUGAUCUGAAUGAGGUGGUAGAAAGGACUUUUCUAAUGCCAGACAGGGAACAAGCUCCUGCCUCUGCUCAUUGCCCCUUGCCGUUCUUCCCUCCAGAUGAACAAUCACGUGCGGACAGAUGGAAGCAAAUGGUAAGCGUGUAACAAAUGGAGGGGUGUAGGAAAGGUGGGGAUCUCAAUCACAGACUUGAAUUGAGGUUUGCAGGGAACCUGACUGGAGAAAGCUUCAGAACAAGGGCAGCUAUACAUCUCCAUUUAAGUAAUGAGGUCUUUCAGACAUCAAAGACCAUGAAGACACUGCUGCAGAGCUGCAGCUUUCCCAACUCUUCCGCACGUGUCUUGUCUACCCAUGUCUCGUCACAACCUGGAGCACAGCCAGAUCUGACACACAGCGCUGACACUGUCUGUGGUGCUCUCAGAGGCUGCAGUCCUUUCCCACCACACUGAGAUAGGAGAACUCUGCAAGAAGAGAAGGAGAUAAGUGUUGUACUAGUCUGUGGGUGCUGACAAGGGUAAGAGAUGGUACAGUGAAGUCCCAAGUGAGGACUUGCUUUACUCAUGUUAGCAGAUCCUACUGCUUUUCUUUUUAUUUUUCCACUGUGUUCUUAUUCGGGAACCUCCCUUCUAGAUUACAAUGCUGCCUGUUAACCUCUCUCCAUUGUGUAAUGGCAGCCUCUGGCAACUCCAUAAAACAUCUUCCCAAUGAGCUACUUGUGUUUCUUGCUUCGAGUUUUCCUUGUUCAGUCCUUCCUGUCUCAUCAGGUUGAUGGUACCACUCUGAGGAGUGGAAGGCAGGUAGGGGAGGCACUUGAAAGAAACCAUAGUCCACUAGGUAAAAGCAGCAAAUACUUUCCUUGUGUUGCUCUGUUCAUUUAGGCAAGAAUGGGGGUAAAAUGAGGGAGCUACAGCAGUCUCACGGAUAUAAAGUGGCAGAGGCCCUGCCAAUUGGAUUCUGAAACAAGUGGUGGGUCUGCAGACCCCUCCUAAGGACCCAUCCCUUCCUUCCUUCCUCUGCUGAAGAAGAGGCAGCAAGUUGCCUUUCUUGGCUUUCCAGCGUGGCCAAGACUGUGGAGUAUGACAGUCACAAAACAAAGUGAUACUGAGAUGGGCUGAUGGUACAGCCAAUCUUGGCAUGAGGUUGGAUGAGCAGGUUUCAGAUGGCAGGAUAACAACAGGCCUUCCUCAAAGGAAUGGGGAUUUGGAGAAGAGCAGUGGAAGGAUGAGUGGGAGUACAAGGUGGGGUUAGACAGUGGGCUGUAUCUCAGUGACCAGGAAGUGCACCACCAGAAGUAGUGGUAACAGCAAGAGUUAUUAUAUAGAGGAAACUUGGAGAGCUGGGACCAGAGGGGUCAAGAAAAGGUGUUUCCUCAAGGUGAUGUAUGAUGCAGAAAGAAAGGCUGGAGUGUGGGGGAAGAGAGCUUCUGUCCUGUCACUGGCAGCAGGUGAGGGAGGCUGGCAGGGUGCCUGGGGCUCCUUGCUGAGCUGGAGCAGUGCUCCCUGGGCAGGAUAUGUUUGCAGGAAAGGAAGGGCAGCAGCUGCACCACUGCUCCCACUGAAGGGCUGAGGUGCUGCAGCCACUGAAUGUCUGUGGCACCUCCAGAAUGAGGCUCGCUGAUCUCCUCUGGCACCUGGGGAGCACAUCCCUGAGCUCACACAGGGCUACGGGGGCUUUCUGCUGGCUGCUAAAUUUAUUUACUUUCAUUAUUUGAGUAAACCUGGGAAAUUUUUUUAACACCACAAAUGUUCCCCACGUGGUAGAGGCCUCACUGGCUUCUCUCUGCUGAGUGACUGUCUGGGUGUUUGCUGCUGGUGGUGGAGGCAGCACAGGCACCCAAGAACCUGGAUACCUACAACCCCCCAUAUCAGUACAGGCUGGGAGUUAAAUGGAUCAAGAAUAGCUUUGCUGAGAAGGACUUGUGGGUGCUGGUGGACAAAAAGCUGGAUAUAAGCCAUCCAUGUGCACUGGUAGCCCAGAAACCACCUGUGCCCUGGGCUGCAUUCCCAGCAGUGUGGACAGAGGAAGGGGAUUCUCCCCCUCUACUCUGCUCUUGUGAGACCCCCAGCUGAGGUUCUGCCUGUAGCCCUGGGACCCCCAACAUGAAAAGGACGUGGAGCUGCUGUACUGAGUCCAGAGGAGGCCAUGGAGGUGCUCCAAGGACUGGAGAGGCUACAGACAGGUUGAGAGAGCUGGAGUUGUUCAGCUUGGAGAAGAGAAGGCUCUAGAGAGACCUUAUUGCAGCCUUUCAGUAUUUAAAGGAAGCUAGUAAGAUACGGACAGACUCUUUAGCAGAAUCUGUUGUAAAAGGACAAGGGGUGAUGGUUUUAAAUUAAAAGAGGGUAGGUCAGACUAUGUGGCAUGGCACCGAAGUGCAUCAGCACAGCCUUUCCCUGCAGUCAGUGCUGUACAUUGUUCUCUUUCGUGCCACAUGGGAGGCGGGUUUUUUUUUUCUGGUAUGUCUUCCUGGAGUCCCUUAGCUAGAUAUUUUGUGUUUAUUUAACCAUGGGUAGGCCAAAUCAAUGACUUCUCACCAGCCUUGCUCAUACAGACCCACAAUGACCUUCAGACUCUUUGACUAAUUCACUGCACAGAUGUUUAACCUUCAGCAAUGUCACUUCCCACAGUGGUAAGCCAUUUCUAGUUGCAGGAAACUAAUGAAUUAAAAAAUGGGUUAGCACUUAACCCAAGAGCCUUUCCUGUUGCAUGGAUAGCCUAAGGCUGCAGUCACUGCUGCUUUCUCUGUGCACAUGCUGGCAAGGAACAAGGAUUUCACUGACCUCACCUGUGGCCAGUUGGCAGGGCUGUUGAUCAUCCCUCCCUCAGCCCACAGAGUAGAUACACAACACAGGAGAGCUGAAAUUACUUGCCUAAAUAAAGCACUUCUAGACAUUUAAUGAAAGCAAGAUUAAUUCCACCUCAACCUUCAUCAUAUUAGUAGAUGUCUGAGCUGAGCUUUUAAUUGACUGUGGUUGUUUUGUUUGUGUUUUUCUUUUUUUCUUCACCCCCCAGGACAUCCAGUCAGAACCAACAUGAGGAACAAACGGUGGCUCCAGAAUAUUUCCUUCUUCCUUUUAUUCCAAUACACUGUGUGUUGUGAAAACCUCACUUGUUUUGUGGACUACAUACAGACCCUGUCCUGUAUCCUGAAAAAUGACUUGGGUGCUGGUUCAUACAACCUCACUGCAACAUGGAUUCCUGAGGAAGAUCCUGAAAAUACUGUGGCUGCGUGCAGUCUCCUGCAAUUGUCCAGGAACACCAGUCACACAGAGUACAUGUGCACUGUGGACAUGACUGAACUCCUAGGAGAUACCAAGGUCCAGGUGGAUGUUACAGAGGUAGCUGAUAGGCAGCAAGUGAUUUCCAAAGACUUUUAUUUGUCAGACAACAAGGGUUACAAUAUUUCUUGGGAAACCACCUACCAGAAAUCUCCCUUCCACUUUUUGAAUGAGGAGCUGGAAUAUCAGCUGCGUUAUAAGAGAAGAGCCGAUAGCUGGGAGACUCAGAAGACUAAAGCUGUUCAUGAAGGUAAACAGACACUGGUGAUCCUACCAUGGGAACUCCAGGUGAACACUGAGUACGAGUUCCAAGUGAGAGCCAGACCCCGCGAAGACAGCGGCUACCGUGGGUUUUGGAGUGAAUGGAGUCUUCCAGUGUCACUGAAAACCAGCCCUGCCGCAGUAACACAAACAGCAGGCAUGGGAUGGCUGCUGCUGUUUGGUGUUGUUGUCUCAAUCACGGCUUCAAUCGCAACCUUUCUGGCCAAACAGCAGAGCUUUUGGAAGAAGAUGGCUUGCAUACCAGACCCUGCUCCCUUUUUCAAACCUCUUUACCUGGCGCAUAACGGAGAUUUCAAGAAGUGGGUUGGUGCAUCCCAUACGAAAAUGACCUUUGAUUUCUUUGAAUGGGGAAUAGUCCUUCCAGAAGUCCUAGAAGUUUACACCAUGUGUCCUUCUAAGAGCACCUCACGGGAAGAGCUGCAUGAGCUGAGAAACAAUCUGACUUGCAAGACCUGUGUGUCUUGCCUGACUGCCCCAGGCCACAAUAGCCAGUCCCUGUGGUCCAGUGUAAACAGCAGUGGUGGGACUGAGGAGCAGUCAUACGGGCACUUGUCCAUUGAUACGGUGACUGUGGCUGAUGAAUUUACAUCCUGUAACUGCCAGUGCAGCUGUAACCACGUGUACAGGGGACAUAAGCAUACCAGUGAGGAAGAUGAUAGUGCUGGAGGACCUGGUUACCCCAAGGUUAACAUUGAUGAGGAAGACAGAAGGAUAUCCCAUGACUUGCAUCUGGCUGAUCUGAGCACGCAGGACAAAAUACUUGCUUCAGGUUCCGUGUCCACAGACCACUUGAGGAGCACAAGUGUCCCAGUCCACCAGCAAGUAGAAAGGUCUUCAGAAGGAGGAGUGGGGAACAUCCUAGAAGCCCUUUGCUUGCAGCCUCUUCGGUGGGAUUUGGAAAAUCCAGGUUCUCUACCUUCUCCUGGCGGUGACAGUGUUUCCUACAGUGAAGGCUCCUACGACUUCUUCCCUCACAGUACCAGGCCCGGUGACAGUUACCCUAUGGUCUGCGUUGAUUUGGACACUAUUGACAGUGGCUUUGUGGACUCAGACUGUGGAAGUCCACUUGAUUGUGAAUUUGGGCAAAAUAGUCAGACCAACUGUGGGCCCAUCUCUCUUGAGCAGGAGGGGCAGGACUUUCCACGGAGCUACGUCAAGCAGUGGGUCUCCUGUCGCUCUGACAGCCCUGUCAGUGGGACACAGGAAAACUGAGGGCUUAAUGUUGCUUGGCAGAGUGUGGGGCCUUUCCUUACUGUGCCAGGGGCAAAGUGUUAGCAAAAUUCAGAAGA